AUGUUGACUUGGAGAUAUGCUGUCGUCCUGGAUGCUGGUUCAUCCGGGACUCGAUCAUAUGUCUAUAGAUGGCCAGAUAGUGUAAAGGCGCGCAAAUCUGCAUCGGCAAAGGAACUAGCAUCAUUACCCGAAAUCAUAACAAGCGAAGAAUGGACUAAAAAGAUACAUCCAGGCAUCUCCACGUUCGCCCAAAAUCCCCAAGAUGUCGGACUCGAGCACCUCAGACCACUCCUCCAUCAUGUACAAGAGGUUAUCCCCGAAGAAGAUGUACCCGACACCCCCUUCUUCCUCCUGGCAACGGCUGGCAUGCGCCUGCUCCCAAAAGCCCAGCAAAAGAGCAUCCUCAACAAUGUGUGCACUUACGUCCGCCAAACCACCGACUUUCUCAUCCCGGACUGUAACCAACAUGUGCAAGUCAUCGAGGGAGUCACCGAAGGACUUUACGGGUGGAUUGCGACCAACUAUUUGAUGGGCGGGUUCGAUGAUAGCAGAUCCCACAAUCACGGGAAAGGCCAUCACACAUACGGAUUUCUGGACAUGGGAGGUGCCUCUGCCCAGAUUGCCUUUGCACCAAACGCGACUGAGGCCCAGAAACAUGCCAAUGAUUUAACCCUUCUGCGGCUCAGGAGCGUCAAUGGCAGGGCUCUUGAGUAUAAGGUGUUUGUCAUGUCGUGGUUAGGCUUUGGGGCGCAGGAGGCAAGGAGUCGAUAUGUAAAGGCACUCUUGGAAUCAACUGUCGAUGAGAAGAACAAGGGUAGGCCGGAUCCUUGUCUACAUGCUGGACUGCGGAUGUCUGCAGACGGAACCAUUCUACCCCCUGAAGGCCCCGUGUCCGGUGUGGAGCCGUAUCUAGUUGGAACAGGCAAGUUCGACCAGUGCCUUCUCCAGACAUUCCCCUUACUUGAGAAGGAUGCGCCUUGUCCUGAUGAGCCCUGUCUUCUACAUGGAGUCCAUGUGCCCGCAAUCGAUUUUGACGUCAACCAUUUUAUCGGUGUGAGCGAAUACUGGCACACCACCCAUGGGAUUUUUGAUAUGGGCUACAAGGAUGACCCUUACAACUUCAACGACUAUCUGCAGCGCGCGAAAGAUUUUUGCUCACAGCCAUGGGAUGAGAUAGAAGCAGGCAUUAGAGGGCAGAGAUGGGGGGGGAAAGUCAGCAAGAAAACUGCCAAUGAACUUUGUUUCAAGGCUUCUUGGCUAAUCAAUAUUCUACACGACGGAAUUGGCAUCCCACGCUCAAGCAUCGGAGAAGCCGAGGUGACCAUAGGCCACAACAACAAAACCCAGGAUGUGGUGGUCUCUGGGAAGCCAGACGGUUAUCUAGACGCUUUCCAAGCUGUUAACAAGAUCGGUGCCACAGAAGUGAGCUGGACGCUCGGAAAAGCCGUUCUCUACGCUUCAUCCCAAGUGCCACCAUUGAAAAACGGCCUCCCAGUUGGCUUCGGCAGUAACGUCCCUGGUGGCGUUGCAGACGAUUUCCAGCACACCGGUCCGCAACUCCAACCCCUCCCUCCCGCCUCACAACCAACCAUACCUACAAACGACACUAUCACCGGAACCAACCGACAACACUGGCACGACACCCUUUUCGACGGCCAUUCUCCCCGCCGCAUCCCAGGCCUCUUCCUCUUCCUCGCAAUAGUCGCAAUCGCAAUCUUCUUCCUCUACGGCCGCGAACGGCGAAAUCGUGUAUACAGAAGAUUUCUCGGACGACCAAUUAGCCGACACGGCAGCAGCAUUCAUUACCGCCGACGAAGUAAGGGCCUUUACAACAGUAAACUAUCCUCCUUCUUCUUCUUCUCCCCCUCCCCGCGCCGAAGUAGUUACAUGCCCUACGAACGCACACUGGAAGACGGCAUGCGCGAAUUCGAACUCGGCCUUGGCUCUUCCUCGUCCGACGACGAGGCCAGUGCCACAUAUGACGAGGAUGGGAGCAGUAGUGUUAAUCUUCUGGCGAGGUUGAAGUCGAGCACGAGCACGAGCAACAACAUCAGCAGUGUCGGUGGAGGUGGAGGAGGCGGUGGGAACAGAGCUAGUGUAGGCCUCGGUCUCAGCCUGGAUGGCAACGGGUCGUUGCUAUCCUUGUACAAUGUGGGAAUUAUGGAUCGCAAUGGAUUGGCGGUGCGAACGGAGAGUCGCGAUAGACAGGCGCACCUUGCGCUAGCGCCGACAACUAAUGGGCGAAGAUCUAGAGCGACGAGUCCCGUGCGGAAGUCUGUCGUGUAG